UUAUAUUAACUUUAUCACAUUCGUUGGCCUAUAUACGCUUUCUAUGCUCCGAACGUGAAAAGACCCUUGCCAAACCUACCUUGUCCAUGCAAAUGGUAUGUAGAGCUCGAUCUUUUACGACCACGACAACAUGUCUUAUGUUUAACUUCGCCUUAUAGUGGAGGGAUUGUUUCAUGGAUCUUGUCGAGGCUUUUGUUGCCCGCUCCGGUGUGGGCCAUGGAGCGCUGGACUUCGUAGAACGCAUCGAGACCGGAGCUCAGGGCGAUUUGGUGAUUAUUGAUCCACCGCUAUCCAGCACAGGCGCGAGUGCAGAAGCUCCGCAGCUCUUCAUUGAUACGGCAAUUCGGCAGGCCUCCAGGGGUCGUGGCCCUGUAGUGUGCGUGGCAGCUUCCAAUGAUGUGGUCCUCGUCGCGACGGCGCGAGGCUACCUGCUGCGGUACAGCUGGGACGAGUACGGCAACGAAAAGGUAGCGGAGGUGGAGGUGCUGCCGCCCAAGCAGCAGUCCGACCACCGCAUCACCGCCCUCUUCACCGACCCAUGGGCCAACCAUGUGCUGCUGGCGGUGCGCAGUACGACAGCAGCGACAGCGGCAGGGGCAGGGGCGGGAGGCGCGGGAGGAGGCGCGGGAGGAGGCGCGGGGGGGCCCUCGGAGGUGUACUACGUGCACAGGCGGUGGACCCGGGCUCGCGCCCUGCCCGAGUUGAAGAGCGGCGCGGGGGCAGCUGCCGUGGGGGGUCUCGGGGCGCUGACGGCGGUUGGGUGGUGCCUGAGCCAGGAGGACGCCACCUCCGCUGUCGCGCCCCCCGCCACCAGCAGCAGCGGCUGGGGAGGCUGGGGAGGAGGAGGAGGUGGAGGGGGCUCUGCAGCCGGCAGUACGGCAGCUCCCGGGGAGAGCUGUACGGGUCCCAUCCUGCUAGGCACCGAGUCGGGUGCGCUGCUGGAAGCCGUACUGGACGAGCGAUCCAAGAAGCCCGAGGCCGUACAGCCGCGCACGCUGAUAGAGCCGCUGCCAGCAGCGGCAGCAGCGGGGGGAGGAGGAGGCAAGGACCGCCUUCGGGGUCGUCACUCCCAGUCCCCGGCAGCGCCCACCGGCUCCGCCGCCGCCACCUUCACUGCCUCCAUCGCCACCCCACAUGCCUUCACAAGUCUCUACCAGGUAUCCAUACCUGCUACCGCUGGUGCUGGUGGUGCUGGUGGUGCUGGUGGUGCUGGUGGUGGUGGUGGUGGUGCCACCGCUAGCGGAGGAGGAGGAGGAGGCGGAAGUCGUAAGGCCCUUUUAGCCGCUACUCCCUCUCAUCUGCGGAUCUGGAUCACCCCACCCACAUCCUCCUCCUCCUCCUCCUCAUCCUUUCCAAACGCGGCAGCCACUUGCAGCGUCUGGCAAGCCUUCUUUCUACUUUCUAACCAACAGCUCACAAGCAGCAGCAGCAGUAGCAGGGGUUCGGCAGCUGCGGCGGCUUCGCCGCCGCCACCGUUGGCGGUUAUCGAGGCGGUUGUUCCGUCUCCGUACAGCCAGUUGCAGCUGUGGUGGCCGGAAAGGCUGUCUGAGCUGCCCACUCGGUUUGCAUGGCUGGUGGGGGGAGUGGUGUAUCAUGGGGACCUGGAUUGGGAGGCUGCAGUGGCUGCUGCUGAUGCUGCUACUGCGGCGGCGGCGGGGGUUGUAAGGGGCGGCAAGGCUGCUGCCGCUGCCGCUGCUGUCACUGCCGCUGCUUCAGCCGGUGCCGGUGCCAGUGGUGGUGCUGGGGCUUCCUCGGCGCUCUUGGCGCCUGCUGGAGGUGGUAGAGGAGGAGGAGGCGGAGGAAGUGUGUUGUCGGGUGUGGUGAGCCUGCCGUUGGAGGAAGCGGGACCGGAAGAGUCACCAGCCGGCAUGGCCGGUGCUGGCGGCGCACGCAGUCUGGUGCUUACCGAAUACCACCACCUGCUGCUGUUGCCCGGGGAUCGGUUGCGGUUGGUUAACCGAGUCAACGGUCGUACGGUGGUGGAGCGAGCCCUUCGUUCGCCGCUCACUCGCUGCGUGACAGGGGAGACGAGUCGGGAGAUCGACGGUUUGGUCCGUGACCCCGUCAGCGGUACGACACUCAUGGCGGUUGACGAGACGCUGUACGACAUUAGUCUGCAGCACGAGGGACGCGGCAUGUGGAGGGUGUAUCUGGAACUGCAGGACUGGGAUGCCGCCCUGCGCUGCUGCUCCGGCCCCACCCAGCGGGACGAGGUGCAUCGGGGGAGGGCGGAGGCGGCGGUGGCGGCGGGGGACUUCCGUACGGCUGCCGUACACUUUGCAAAGAUCACGGACGGCCGCCCAGCCUUCGAGGACCUCGCGCUGCUGCUCUCCGAGUGCGGAGACCCUGCUGCACUGCUUGCCUUCCUGUCCACCAAGCUAGCUACCCUGGCAGGAGUGGCAGCGGCAGCUGCUGCAGUGGCAGCUGGGGGAGGCGGCGGCGGCGGAGGUGGUGGUGGUGCUUUCAGCGCGGGUGUUACCACCGGAAGUAGCGGUGUGGGAGCAGCAGCAGCAGCAGGGGCAGCGGGAGCAGGGGGUCCUGAGAGGGCCCAGUGCACGCUGCUGGCCGCAUGGCUCACGGAGCUGUACCUGGAUGGGAUCAACAGGGCGCUGCUGGAGUCCGGCGGCGAGGCGGGCGAGGGCUACCAUACGGCGGUGGCCGCCCUGCGCACCCACCUCAGCGACUGGGUGCAUGUGAUGGAUGCGGGUACGACCGUGUCCCUGCUCUCCAGCUACGGCCGGCUGGACGAGCUGUUGCAGCUGGCUCAGCUGAGGGGAGACCACGAAGGCCUUAUCGAGCAGCUCAUGGCGCGACCGCAGCCGGGGGGAGCUGUCAGGGCACUUGCCGUACUUCGUUCCCCCGCUGUGAGUCGCGAGCUGGUCUAUAAGUUUGCUCCUGGGUUGGUGGCGGCGGCAGCGGAGGAGGCGGUGGAUUUCUUCAUUGCGGAGCGACCCCCCCUGGACCCCCGGCGGUUGCUACCCGCGUUGCUGCGGUACGGCGAGCCGGACUCGCAACCCGCUGCACGACGUCACGUGCUGCGGUAUGUGGAGUUCGCAAUCGACGUGCUCGGCUCGACUGACAGCGUCGUACACAACCUCGCCGUAGCGCUGUACAGCAUGGCUCCUGGAGAGGAAGGCGAAGCGUCGCUCCUACGCUACCUCACUCGGGCGGGAAGAGGAGGAGUCGCGGGCGGUUUCGGCGGCGGUACGACAUUCAUUCCUUUGUACGACACGCAGUAUGCGUUACGGUUGGCGCAGGAAUGCAAUAAACCGCGAGCUGCCGUACGGCUGAUGUGUCAGUUGGGCAUGUACCCGGAUGCCGUACGCGCCGCCCUGGCUCUCGAUUUGGGUCUGGCCAAGGGCAUUGCGGGGGAGCCUGAUCAGGACGACGCACUGAGGAGGAAGCUGUGGCUGCAGGUCGCCAGGCAUGUGGUGCAGAGCGGCAGCAAAGCAGCAGCAGCUGCUGCUAGUGCUGCUGCUGCUGCUGGUGCUUCCGCCAGCGGCACCACCACUGCUUCCACUGCUCCGGGCGGUAAUGCAGAGCAGGCGGGGUCAGGGCCCGGUGAGGAGGACGCCAGUACGGCACACAUCCGUACGGCGGUGGAGUUCCUGCGUGAGGCGGACGGGCUGCUGCGUAUUGAGGACAUCCUGCCCUUCUUCCCGGACUUUGUGACCAUAGACAGCUUCCAGGCUGCCAUCUGCGACUCCCUGGAGCGCUACGGGGCCGCCAUCGCGGGGCUCAAGGCCGACAUGGCGGAGGCCACCGGCAUUGCGGAGGCGCUGCGGAGCGACAUUGCGCUGCUGGGGAACAGGUCCGCCGCCGUGUCUCUGAGUCAGCCCUGCAGCCGCUGCGGCAGAGCCAUCGGGGAGGCGGCUCCACUCACCAGCCUGCCUCAGGGCGGUGCGCUGCCACCCUUCUACGUCUUCCCCACCGGCUGCGCCUACCACGUGGCGUGCUGCGCGGCGGAGGUAACGGAGCUGGCGGCGCCGCCGCUGAGGAAGAAGAUCCACACGCUAAUGGCACGGUUAGCUCGAGUGCGACACGGCUCCGAAACCGCCCCUCCGUACGGCGGUCAGCCGGCUGCCUCGGUGGCCUCUCUUCAGGAGGCGCUAGCGGCGGCGAUUGGGGGCGAGGACCCGCGGAAUGGGGAGUUGGUUGUACGGCUGAUUGAGACUCCGUUUGUGUACGACAGUGAUAAAGCGGAGGCGGAGAGCUGGGCGAUCUGA